CCCACCUGAUAAGAUGUCCCUCCAUCCUGUCCAAUCACAUCGUUCCUCUGAUGUAUAAAAGCCCCUCACCCCAACGGCUCCAGCAUGAUCGAGCCAUGGCUUUCCUCUGGAUCCUCUCCUGCCUCGCCUUCGUCGGCGCCGCCUACGGUUGCGGUGACCCCGCCAUCCCCCCCAUCAUCACCGGCUACUCCCGUAUUGUGAAUGGUGAGGAGGCAGUGCCUCACUCCUGGCCCUGGCAGGUGUCUCUGCAGGAUUACACCGGUUUCCACUUCUGUGGAGGCUCUCUCAUCAACGAGAACUGGGUGGUGACAGCUGCUCACUGCAAUGUCAGAACCUCUCAUCGUGUGAUCCUCGGAGAACACGACCGCUCCUCCAACGCUGAGAGCAUCCAGGUGAUGGCGGUCGGCAAGGUGUUCAAACACCCCCAGUACAAUGGCUUCACCAUCAACAAUGACAUCCUUCUCAUCAAGCUGGCCCAGCCUGCCCAGCUCAACAUGCGUGUUUCUCCCGUGUGUGUGGCCGCCACCUCCGAUAACUUCCCUGGGGGCAUGAGGUGUGUGACCUCUGGCUGGGGUCUGACCCGUUCCAACGCCCCUGACACACCUGCUCGCCUGCAGCAGGCCUCCCUGCCCCUCCUGACCAACGAUAACUGCCGUCGUUUCUGGGGCAACAAGAUCACCGACAUAAUGAUCUGCGCUGGAGCCUCUGGAGCCUCCUCCUGCAUGGGAGACUCUGGUGGUCCCCUGGUCUGUGAGAAGAGCGGGGCCUGGACUCUGGUAGGUAUCGUUUCCUGGGGCAGUGGAACCUGCUCCACCAGCACACCCGGUGUCUACGCCCGCGUAACCAAGCUGCGCUCCUGGAUGGAUCAGAUCAUUGCUGCCAACUGAGCAUGCUCAGCAGGACGCCUCCCAUCUGAACUUAAAUAAAACAGCAACUGUGA